AUGUCUUGGAAGAGCAGAGGAGCCGAGUCAGCUUCAAAGAGUGCAGUGUCUCGGAAAUGGACCAUUUUGUUUUGUAUUGGUUGCUUUUGUGCUGGGAUGCUGUUCUCUGAUAGAAUGUGGUCAGUGCCUGAAAUUAAAGGCAUAGCGAGGACGACAAGGCAUGAAGAAGAAACGCUGCAGUUAGUUUCUGGCUGUGAUCCAACAAUUGAUGUAGAACAUGAACAGAAGGAUGUUUAUGGGGAAGUUUCAAAGACUCAUCAUGCUAUACACACACUGGAUAAAAAAAUUUCAAAUUUGGAGAUGGAAUUAGCUGCUGCAAGGGCUGCACAGGAAUCCAUACUUAAUGGUUCACCUAUUGCAGAAAAUUUAAAAAUUCCGGAGACAAGAAAGAAAAGAAAAUAUCUGAUGGUCGUAGGAAUAAAUACUGCUUUUAGCAGUCGAAAGCGCAGAGAUUCAGUUCGUGCUACGUGGAUGCCUCAAGGCGAUAAAAGAAAGAAGCUUGAGGAAGAAAAGGGCAUUGUAAUUCGAUUUGUAAUAGGUCACAGUGCUACAUCAGGUGGUAUCCUUGAUAGAGCUGUUGAAGCAGAGGACAAAAAACAUGGUGACAUUUUGCGGCUGGAUCAUGUUGAGGGCUAUCUUGAAUUGUCAGCAAAGACAAAGAUAUUUUUUGCCACUGCUGUUGCUUCAUGGGAUGCAGAUUUCUACGUCAAAGUUGAUGAUGAUGUACAUGUAAAUAUAGGAACACUUGGAGCAACUUUAGCUAGACAUAGAUCAAACCCCAGGGUGUAUAUUGGAUGCAUGAAAUCUGGUCCAGUCCUUGCUCGAAAGGGAGUGAGAUAUCAUGAGCCCGAGUAUUGGAAAUUUGGCGAGGAAGGGAACAAAUAUUUCCGUCAUGCCACUGGACAGCUCUAUGCUAUCUCAAAAGAUUUGGCUACUUACAUAUCAAUCAACCAGCAUGUGCUACACAAGUAUGCCAAUGAGGAUGUUUCUCUGGGGUCGUGGUUCAUUGGAUUGGAUGUGGAGCAGAUUGAUGACCGGAGAUUAUGUUGUGGAACACCACCUGAUUGUGAAUGGAAGGCUCAGGCAGGCAAUGUCUGUGUUGCUUCGUUCGAUUGGACUUGCAGUGGAAUCUGCAAAUCUUCCGAGAGGAUCAAGGAGGUCCAUCGGCGUUGUGGAGAAGCAACAGCCCCACUAUCAUCUAUCUUUUCCCCUCACUCACAAGACUUCACGUACAUGGUUUGCAUCAGCACCAUUUCUGCUGCAUAUGUUUUCCUUGCAACUAUGGCCUCAUGGAUCAGAUGCUUGAUGACUAAAGCUUGGCUUUUCUUUGUCUCUGACCAGAUUGUGGCUUACUUAAUGCUCACAUCUGGAGCUGCAGUUAUGGAGAUACAGUCUUUGGCCUCCAAUGGUGACAGAACAGUCUCAUGGAGUGAAGCUUGUAGUUCUUAUGGAAGAUUCUGCAGUAGAAUGAAGGUGGCCCUGGUUCUCCAUGCCCUGGCCCUUUGCAGCUUCAUUGUCUUAGCUGUGAUUUCAGCUUAUAGGGUCUUUAGCAUGUUUGAGCCACCUGCUUCUCGUAGAGAGGUGGAUGAAGAGAGGAUUUAG